AUGUUAUCAUUACUGGAAGUCAAAAGCAAAUUCGGUGCGGAAUUUCGUCGAUUUGAACUCGAUCGAAAAAAUCCAAUAAAAUUUGAUGAUUUUCAUAAAUUAAUUGAAGAUUUACAUGGUCUUCAACAUAUUCCAUUUCAUAUAACUUAUUUAGAUAAAGAUGGUGAACUUCUAUCAAUAAAUAAUGAUACAAUUAUCGAACAUAUUUUACGUGUUAAUACAGGUUUAUUAAGAAUAUUUAUACAACGAAAAGGUGAAUCUUAUCAAUAUUCAGCUGAUUCAUUACGAAAACGAAAAAAAAUAUCCGAUCAAUUAUCAUCAUUAAUACAUUCAUCAUCAGAUAAAAAUAAUUCAUCACCACAACGUAAUAUUGAAAUACAACCUGAUUUUCGUCUUGUUUCAUCAAUAAUUGAUGUUGAAAUCUUACCUGUUACAUAUCGUCGUGUUAAAUUACAUCGUUAUAAAGAAAGUAAACCAUUAGGUUUUUAUAUACGUGAUGGUGUUGCUAUUAAAUAUGGUUCAAAUGGUGUUGAGAAUGUACCCGGUGUAUUUAUAUCACGUCUUCUUGCUGGUGGUUUAGCUGAAUCAACAGGUUUAUUAUCAGUUGGAGAUGAAAUAAUUGAAGUUAAUGGUAUUGAAGUAAGUGGAAAAACACUUGAUCAAGUAACUGAUAUGAUGGUAGCUAAUAGUCAUAAUUUAAUAAUAACUGUUCGACCACAAAAUGAUACAUAUAAUUUAAAACGUACUGUUUCAUCAACAACAAUUCCAACAAAAAGUCCAAUAUCAUCAAUAAAACAAAAUAAUACAAGUAAUAGUACAAAUCAAAGUGGAUCUCAAAUAAAUGGUGGUAUGAGUGACGAUGAUGAUGGUGAUCUUUAUCGUUCACAUAAUAAUUCUCAUUUACAAAAGACGCCGUCCGUGUUAAAAUUGUGA